AUGUGGACCAACAUUGUGCCUCUUUUUCUAUCAAUUAUAAUUUUCAGUACAACCCAGAAUAAAACCAUUUCUUUUUUAAAGGAAGCACUCGUCUUCAGGUUCACAAACUUCGAAUGCAAAACCUACAAUCAAUCCUGGUUCGUUUUCCACCACUGCCGUCUGAAGGCUGUCAACCGGGAAAGGGUUUUGCUGAAUGUGAAUGGAACUAUUCUUCACCCAGCCCACAACAUCCAGCUCCAUGCCAAGAUCUACAAAAAAGCCAGCGGUUUUAAGCCGUGGCUAAUAGACUCCAAAGUAGAUGCCUGCAGGUUUAUGCGAAAGCGCUACGAUCCCUUCUUGGGUAUCGUUUUCAAUAUUUUCCAAGAGUUUUCCAACAUCAAUCACACCUGUCCGUAUGUGGGUCUACAAGUCGUCAAAGAUUUCUAUCUGAGAGCGGAACGACUGAAUCUGCCCGUUCCAUCUGGGGAAUACUUGUUGGCAAUGCAGUGGUACUUCGAUAAGAAGCGUCAGUUCGAUACCAACGUCAGCUUUGUUUAUGAGGAGGAUCUGCUCAAGAGGAACUAGAAGGAUCUAA